GAAAUCCAUCAAGAGGCAACUUUUCUGAAGGCGCAUUGCGGAGUCGCGCCAUCAAACAAACUCCAUAAUUCACAACGUGCCAUGCUGCGACCGGCUGCGACGCGAGCAGCGUCACGGCUGACACGGCAUGUUCCCAGGUGCUCAAGGGCGUUCGCCUCUGCCGUGGCAGAAGAGAGGGACCCCGUUGACCUCAAUGAGAUAACCACACUCCCUAAUGGCGUCCGCGUCGUAUCCGAGGCCCUCGCUGGCCAUUUUUCAGGCAUCGGCGUGUACAUUGAUGCCGGAUCUCGCUACGAGAAUGAGCAUCUGUCGGGUGUGUCUCACAUAAUGGACCGCCUUGCCUUCAAAUCCACAACAAAGCGCUCCGGCGACGAGAUGCUAGAGUCAAUCGAGACCUUGGGCGGCAACAUACAGUGUGCCUCGUCGCGCGAGUCGCUGAUGUAUCAGUCCGCCACGUUCAACUCCGCCGUCUCCACCACCGUCGCGCUGCUUGCGGAGACGAUACGCGACCCCAAGAUCACGGACAGCGAGAUCGAGCAGCAGCUUGCGACUGCCGACUACGAGAUCAACGAAAUCUGGGCCAAGCCUGAGCUCAUUCUCCCCGAACUUGUCCACGUGGCGGCCUAUCGGGACAACACCCUCGGACAUCCGUUGCUCUGCCCCAAGGAGAGAUUGCCGUACAUAAACCGUACCGUUAUAGACCAGUACAGACGGCUACUGUACAAGCCAGAGAGAAUGGUGGUAGCCUUUGCGGGUGUGGAUCAUUUGACCGCCGUACGGUUGACGGAACAGUAUUUCGGCGAUAUGAAACGCGGCGAGGGAGCCGUGUUGCCUUUGCUGAAUGCCGAUGGCUCGGUUGCGACGUCGCAAAACGCUCCGCUAUCGAAUGCAGAUGCAUCGGCGUCGGCAUCGUCAUCCUCAUCACACCAGUCUCUGCCUACAUCGGCUGUGCAGAACGAGUCGCGUCUUCUAGAUAAGAUCCCAUUCAUCAAAAACCUCUCUACCUCAGCAUCUCGCUCUGCCUCCGUGAGCAACCCAUCUACCUUCACUCCACCAGACCUCACGGAGCCCUCCCACUACACCGGCGGCUUCUUGUCACUACCCGCAAUUCCUCCUCCCCUCAAUCCAGCCCUACCCCGAUUGUCCCACAUCCACCUCGCUUUCGAGGGCCUUCCCAUCUCACACGAUGACAUCUACGCUCUUGCAACUCUGCAGACGCUUCUCGGUGGCGGCGGCUCCUUCUCUGCAGGUGGUCCUGGCAAGGGAAUGUACUCUCGCUUGUACACCAACGUGCUCAACCAGCACGGUUGGGUCGAGUCUUGCGUUGCCUUCAACCACUCCUACUCCGACUCCGGCUUGUUCGGCAUCUCAGCCUCAUGCGCACCCGCUCACGUGGCCAACAUGCUCGAGGUCAUGUGUCGGGAGCUGAGCGCACUCGGCUCGGAAACGGGCUGGCAGCGCCUCAAGGAGGGCGAGGUCGGACGCGCAAAGAACCAGCUCAAGAGCAACCUGCUCAUGAAUCUGGAGUCGCGCAUGGUCGAGCUCGAGGACCUGGGAAGGCAGGUCCAGAUGCACGGCCGCAAGAUCGGCGUCAAGGAGAUGUGCGACAAGGUGGACAGGCUGACGAUCGCGGACCUCCGACGGGUGGCACGGCAGGUCUUUGGCGGCGAGGUAAGAAACGCUGGCGGCGGGAGCGGAGCCCCCACGGUGGUGCUGCAGGAGGGCGACGAGGAGGGUUUCAAGAGGAAGGACUUCGAGUGGGCCGAGAUCCAAGACAGGAUCGCGCGCUGGAAGUUGGGCAGGCGCUAGGCCAUCGGGCAUCGACGUUUUUAAUUAAGCGAUGUAGAAUAGCACCUCAUGUAAGAAUAGACAGAGAUCCUUCUUCAAGCACAUGUGAAGCUUUGCGUUUGCGGCAACA